UGGCGCUGCCCACCUGACGCAGUCUGCGUCCUGCACGUGCAGCCGUUUAAGCGGCCUAGACGCCUGCGAAAACCCGGGGGAGAGCCAGCAGCCCGAGAGAACUGGAAGCCACCAUGGGAGAUGAAGAUUGGGAAGCAGAAAUAAUCAAACCUCAUAUGUCUUCCUACGUUCCUGUAUUUGAGAAGGAUAGGUAUUCUUCUGGAGCAAAUGGAGAUACUUUUAACAGGACCCCAGCUUCAUCAGCAGAAAUAGAUGACGGACCUUCUCGAAGAGAUCAUUUCAUGAGAAGUGGGUUUGCCACUGGGCGGAGUUUGGGUACCAGAGGUUUUUCAAAUAACAAGUUUGAAGAAGGUGAUAGUUCAGGUUUCUGGAAAGAGUCUAAUAAUGACUGUGAAGAUAAUCAAACACGGAACAGAGGGUUUUCCAAGAGAGGCGGCUAUCAAGAUGGAAAUGAUUCUGAAGCUUCAGGAUCAACCAGAAGAGGUGGAAGAGGUAGUUUCCGAGGUUGCCGUGGAGGAUUUGGUCUAGGAAGUCCAAAUAGUGAAUAUGGACAAGAAGAGAGCACACCACGCACUGGUGGCCUUUUUGGUUCUAGAAGAUCAGUCUUCAGUGGUGCAGGUAAUGGUGACACCUAUCCAAGCAGGAGUGGCAGUGGAAGUGGACGAGGUGGUUACAAAGGUUUAAAUGAAGAAGUAAUAACAAGCUCUGGAAAGAAUUCUUGGAAGUCAGAAGCUGAAGGAGGAGAAAGUGGUGACACUCAAGGACCAAAAGUGACCUACAUACCACCUCCUCCGCCUGAGGAUGAGGACUCCAUCUUUGCACAUUAUCAGACAGGCAUAAACUUUGAUAAAUAUGAUACUAUUCUUGUAGAAGUGUCUGGGCAUGAUGCACCACCAGCAAUUCUGACUUUUGAAGAAGCUAAUCUCUGUCAGACACUUAAUAACAACAUUGCUAAAGCUGGUUAUACUAAACUCACUCCAGUGCAGAAAUACAGUAUUCCUAUUAUACUAGCAGGACGAGAUUUAAUGGCUUGUGCUCAGACAGGGUCUGGAAAAACUGCUGCUUUCCUCUUGCCAAUUUUGGCUCAUAUGAUGCGUGAUGGAAUAACUGCUAGUCGUUUUAAAGAGCUACAGGAGCCAGAAUGUAUUAUUGUAGCACCAACUCGAGAAUUGAUCAAUCAGAUCUAUUUGGAAGCCAGAAAAUUUUCUUUUGGGACUUGUGUAAGAGCUGUUGUUAUAUAUGGGGGAACCCAGUUGGGGCAUUCAAUUCGACAAAUAGUACAGGGCUGUAAUGUAUUAUGUGCAACUCCUGGAAGACUGAUGGAUAUCAUAGGGAAGGAAAAGAUUGGUCUUAAACAAGUUAAAUACUUAGUUUUGGAUGAAGCUGAUCGCAUGCUAGAUAUGGGUUUUGGACCAGAAAUGAAGAAGUUAAUUUCCUGCCCAGGAAUGCCAACAAGGGAACAGCGUCAGACCCUUAUGUUUAGUGCAACUUUUCCAGAAGAAAUUCAAAGGUUGGCUGGGGAGUUUUUAAAGUCGAGCUAUUUGUUUGUUGCUGUUGGACAAGUGGGUGGAGCAUGUAGAGAUGUUCUGCAGACGAUUCUCCAAGUUGGCCAGUACUCAAAAAGAGAAAAACUUGUUGAAAUUCUACGAAACAUAGGUGAUGAAAGAACUAUGGUCUUUGUUGAAACUAAGAAAAAAGCAGAUUUUAUUGCCACUUUUCUUUGUCAAGAAAAAAUAUCAACUACAAGUAUUCAUGGUGAUCGGGAGCAGAGAGAGAGAGAGCAAGCGCUUGGAGAUUUUCGUUGUGGAAAGUGUCCAGUUCUUGUUGCUACUUCAGUAGCUGCCAGAGGGCUAGAUAUUGAAAAUGUUCAACAUGUUAUCAACUUUGAUCUUCCGUCUACCAUUGAUGAAUAUGUUCAUCGAAUUGGGCGUACUGGUCGUUGUGGAAAUACUGGCAGAGCUAUUUCCUUUUUCGAUCCUGACUCAGAUAGCCAUUUAGCACAACCUCUAGUGAAAGUACUAUCAGAUGCUCAACAGGAUGUUCCUGCGUGGUUGGAAGAAAUUGCCUUUAGUACAUAUGUCCCUGGCUUCAGUGGUAGUACAAGAGGAAAUGUGUUUGCAUCAGUUGAUACUAGAAAGAAUUACCAGAGCAAGAGCACUUUGAACACAGCAGGGUUUUCUUCUUCACAAGCUCCCAAUCCAGUAGAUGAUGAGUCGUGGGAUUAAAACAAAAACAACCUUCAAGUUUGUUGUACAGUUUUGAUGCAGAGAAGAAAAUAGUUUUGAUUUUUGAGUUUUUAACAGAAGUGUGAAACCUUAUGCUAUCCUAUCUCCUGUUCUUCUGUUCUUACUCCCACCCUUCAAAAAAACCCUUACUGACGAGUUAUGUGAAAUGCUAAAAGUUACAGCGAUGCAGUUACUGGAAAGAUUAAAGCAUUCUAAAUGUCUUGCUUAUUUCUAGUGUGUUCUUCAGGGGUUUUAGACAUAAAUUGUGCCUAAGAAAAGUCUUAACAUACUUUUUAUUGAUCCUAUAACAAAUAAUAGGACCUGAUACACUUUUGGUUAGAGGUUAUUGGAGCUUGUUUUCACCUAUAAAGAAGUAUUGAAAGCAAUAGUAUACUAUUAUAAUGACAUAAUUUUCAUGAAGCAAGCAGUGAAAGACAUAAGCCUUUUAAGAUGAUUUUUAUUUUAAAUCAUCAGAUAUGUGAUGAACAUGGUUAAAUGUUACAAUGUGAGCUCUGUAUUCAAUGUCAUAACAAGUGUUUGUAUGUAUAGUAGAUAGAUCUUUUUUGAAAAUAAACCUUCUGAAGCACCUUCCCCCCUAACUUUUUCAAAGCUUUUGAAAUUUUUUUUUGUCACACAUAGUAAUACUCAACCCUUUUUGAAACUUCGUUUUGUCGCAUCUUGUGAAACCAGUGAAGUGAACAAAACUGUUGAUGUAAAUUAAAUAUUGUGUAAUAUACAUUAAUACACAGAUGUGGUAAUGAAAAUCAUUCUUUGAAUUCAAAUUAUAUCAGCAAAAAAAAAUCUGUUCACUCUUGCCAUAAUUAAUCUUUUAUAUUUUAUUGAUGAGGGAAAGAAUCCUGUCUUUAUUUCAUUCACCACUAUAUAGCUUGAAUUCUCUAUGACCAGAAUGUAAGAAGUUCCUAAUAAAUUGUUGAAUGAACCAAAACAUUAAGACAUUAAAAAAAAGUGAGACAUAAAUAUUUAGGGAUGCAAAGAUUAUCAGAUUUUUGUGUAUGUAAUUUUUCACUUCAAAAUUCAAAGUAAGAUGUCCCUAACAUAUAUCUUGUUAUAGGAGUUUGGUUUAGUUAAUAAAUGAGGCAUCACACAUGAAAGAAAAGGAGUAUUAAACAGAUAUUAUUAGGAUAUCUAGUUAUAUGCCUACCCUCA